GGCGGCGGCGGGGCCGAUGGGGGUCGCGGCGGAGGAGCCGGGCGAUGGCGGGUGAGGCGGCGGCCGGCAGCCGGGAUCCGGGAGCUGGCGUGCGGCAGCCCCGUCGUGUGCCCCCAUGAACGAGCGUCGCGGCCGGGCCUGCCGGGACACCGUGUGGCGCCAUGAGAGCGGGCCACGAGCGGAGCCAGGAGUGCCUGCCGCCCAAGAAGCGGGAUCUGCCUGCUGCCAGCGCAGGCGCGGAGGCAGGGCGAGCCGGGGGCGCUCAGGCCACAGGCGAGGGCCCCGAGUGGGCCCGGGUGGCGGGCCCGGGCCCUGCAGCCCUACGCUAUGGCCCAGGCGACAGCACAGAGGCUGUGGCGGGGCUGACGGUGGACCAGUACGGGAUGCUCUACAAAGUUGCAGUACCACCAGCCACCUUCUCUCCCACGGGCCUGCACCCCGUGGUGAACAUGAGCCCCCUGCCGCCAGCCUUCAACGUGACCUCGCCACUAAUCCAGCACCCAGGGGUGCCCUACCCUCCCAUCCACUACGCACAGAUCCCCCCAGCGUCUCUGCAGUUCAUUGGCUCGCAUUACACGGUGCCCUAUGCUGUCCCUUCUGGCUUCCUGCCUAGUCCUCUUCUGUCUCCUUCCACCAACCUCACUGCCUCUCACGUCCCUCAUUUUGUGCCAUAUGCCUCUCUCUUCACGGAAGAAGCCGCUCCUUCCCCUCAGACUACCUCUCCUACCCACACCUUCAACAAAUCUGCUUCUGCCAUCUCUCCUUCUGGCCAGAUGCAGCACCAUGCUGGGACCCAGCCAUUAGAUAUAACACCAAGCAGAAUUCCUGUUUAUUAUCAGAUGUCCCGCCUUCCACCAGGGUAUUCGGCAUAUGAGACAUCUACAGCAAGUGGAAGCCCAGAUCCUUUUCAGCAAGACAGUCAGCCAAGUUCAGAGGUAGUUGCUGCCAAUGGUGGACAGAGACAUCUGGAGCCUAAUGUGGUGAGGAGGACCAGCGAGGCUGUGGACUCUGCCAGCAGUAAAGCUGAAGACUGUCUGCCAGGGGCUGCAGUGGGAUGUGUGGUCGAUGGACCGUUUCUUUCAGGUUACCAGACUUUGAGAACAGAGGUCUCUGUGCCAGCUCACAGAAGCACCCCAGACACUGAUCUGGAGGUUCAGAGGGUGGUGGGGGUGUUGGCGUCUCAGGAUUACCAUAUUCUGGCAGCCCAGAGGAAAGAUGACCUGAGCCCUUUAAACCCUUGCCAUAAUAUCCCUGAUCAGCAGGGGGAGUCAAGGGACGUUUUGAGCAGCACAGUGGAAAGGGCUGCUGCUGAGAAAAGCCAGCCCAGGAGUCCAUUUGUAAUGUCCCCUGAAGAGACGGUUAGACAAAGACAAUUAACCAAAGGAAUGGUAAUAGCCAACGGCAAGCCAGUCCUGGUGCCUGUUGUAUCUGAGCCCAUCAGGUGUUCCUCUUCAGAUACUCUGGUGAGGCAGAGCCCAGAUGUGCAGGCUCGAGGAAGUAUGAUUGAAAAGGACUUGACCCAAUUGCAACCACCCAGCUCCUCGCACUUGCCCUCUCACUUCAUGAAAGGAGCCAUCAUCCAGCUGGCUACAGGAGAGCUGAAGCGGGUAGAGGACCUGCAGACUCAAGACUUCGUUCGCAGUGCUGAGGUGAGCGGGGGCCUGAAGAUCGACUCCAGCACUGUGGUGGAUAUUCAGGAAAGCCAGUGGCCUGGGUUUGUUACAUUACAUUUUGUGGUUGGGGAGCAACAAAGUAAAGUGAGCAUUGAUGUGCCCCCAGAGCACCCCUUUUUUGUCUAUGGCCAGGGUUGGUCCUCUUGUAGCCCAGGGCGGACUGCUCAGCUUUUUGCUCUGCCCUGUCACAGGUUGCAGGUGGGUGAUGUCUGCAUAUCAAUCAGUUUACAGAGCAUGAAUGGCAACUCUGCUUCUCAGGCUAACUACCCUCUCACAGGUCAGUUGAUAUCUGCUAGAGAGAGAUCUGAAAGAACAGCACAGGGGUCCAGAGAACCACCUGACAGAGCUGCUGAAAGGAAGAGCCACCCAGAAAGGGACAGUGCAGCCCAGGGCUUUUGUGCAGAAACCUCUCAGCCUGAGACCGGCAGUCAGCAUAGCUGGACAGCUCUGGGCUUCCAAAGAUACAGCAUGCAGGCAGAGGAGCCUCGGCCGUCUCUGCUCCGUCCCUCUUUCAUUCCCCAGGAGGUCAAGCUGUCUAUCGAAGGGCGUUCUAAUGCAGGGAAGUGAUCCCUUUGAGGCUGUGAGCUAGGGGGUGCCCUUUGUGUGAGCCUCACCUUUAUCAGGUGAAGAAAUUGCACAGACUUUGUGACAGGUUCACCAGCAAGGCUGCUCUCUGCCCUGCAGAACUGGAUUUACUCCAGUUCAGUCACUGACCAGAUCCUCUUGGGGAAUCGAGAGGGCUCCAGUGCCUCAGGGAGCAGCAACAAGCUAGUUGGGUUAGAGAAUGGGGGAUGUGCUCAAGAGCUUGUGACAAGAGCAUUCCAGAGAUUGGGGCUUUGCACCUCCCUGAAUACCUAGUUCCCUGCAGGGCAGGGUCUGAGUAUUCAGGAUAGGUGGGGAGAUGAGAAGGGCAGACACAGCUUAAGGUAGCAGAUAAAAUUGCUGAAGAUUUUAUUCCUCCUUCCUCAUGAUGGGGAAAGAUGGGUCCCCACUGGAGUUUAGGGGACACUACUCCCAGUAUCCCCUUUCUUCACACAUGCACUUUAAAAGGACCGUUCACCAAUGGAGCUCUUGAGGGCAGGCUGCAUAUGCUUCUCUGAUGGUUCUGUUUAUUGUCUCUUCCACUGAAUCCAACUGCUCUUUUUUCUUACAAAGAAUCUACAGAGAUCUGCAUGAAUGUCAGAAAUUGGAGAGGAAGGACCAAAAGGAUGGGUUUGGGUGCAGGUGAAUAGGAAGCUGGUAAACAUUUGAGCACUUGGGAUGGAACAUGAGUUGGGAUGGGAGACGUCAGUUUCCUGCUAAGAAAUACAUUUAAUUAUUUGACACCAAAUUAAAUCUUUCUUCCCAUGUUCAUAACCAUUAAAAAGAAAGAAAGAAAGAAAGAAAAGCGCUUCUCUCAAGCCUAAAGCUUUUGCUGAGAUUUAGCCUACAGGUGAUUUUUUUUUCCUCUCAUUUUAUUUAUUUAAUUUUUUUUGAAAGCUGGAGUAAAAUACAUUUAGCAUUCUCUAGGGAAGGAUAGAAACACAUUCUUCUACUGUGAGAAGACUGAGACUAUUUUGUAAUUAAAUCAGAAGAAAACUUUCCAGAUGGCUAAUUCUUCACUGCAGGCAGUUUCCCAAAUAAGCUCUAGACAACAGACAAGUGUUCGUGCAUGUGCAGGCAAGGUACAAAGCUUCUUUUAAUUACAGUUCCAUGACUGAUAUAAGGACUAAAAAUAUCGCAGCAUCACAGGGCAUUUUUAGGUGUUUUUCUGUUUGUUGUUCUGACGCUUCACUUUGGAGUGCCUCUGUAGAACAACAUGGUAAAAUUGAGAGUAGUCUCUUUCACAGUGAGAUCGAAUAUAAAUGUAUAUUAAUACCUCAUUAUGGUAAUAACACUCCAUUCAAGUAAAGAUUCCUGUUGUUACACUAAUUUGCCCUCUCUGAUAGUGUGUUAUGAAACCAAUUCUAAAUGCUUAACUAGAAUAAAAACUUAGUGAGUGCUAUGUUGAAGAUAAGUCUUCACUCUGACUUAAGUAUUCCUUGUAUUAAGGUGCCCAUCUCUGUGCUAGAACCAUGCUUGCAAGAGGGUGUUGGGUUUCUUUUUAGUGUGCAGGUCCCUGCUGGAUUCAUGAUGCUGCUCCUAAUGUUUAGCAUCCCGUUUACUGACCCCCUUUUCUCAUCUUUCUGAGCUUUUCUGUCAGGCAUGCCUAGCUUCUAGGGCAUUGCUUAUCUUUCUGUGAAUGCCUUGCGCGUUGGCACUUCCCAUCUGUGUUGCUGCCCUUCUGCUGAGCUCGUAGUAGUUUUGUUUCUCAGGACUGUUCUGGAUGCUCUUCAGAAACACGGCCUGUAACUGACUGGCUUCAGUUGGCUGCAUGGCAGAGGGGUGCUCUGCUUAGGUAUUAGGCAAAUUAGAGAGUCUCCAGAAUGCUCCUUCCCUCCAGGGCAUCAGGCCUGUUGUCUUAGCACACUGCUAGCUGUUUAUGUUGCCUUCGAAAUGCCUGCACCAGAAAAACAGUUUCUUUUCAGGUCUUAGCUGAGAUACGCUCUGCUCUUGCCUUUAGUGUUUGUGCCUCACAGGGUUUUUUCUAGAGUGAGGAUGCUGCCUGUAUCAUCUGUAACUUCCCCGAAAUGACAUGCUGCUUCCAGUCAGUCUCAUCAGCUGCAUUUGGAAAUACAAAGUCAUGGUGAUGAUGUCAUAUGAAGAGUCCGCCUCCUUGCUUGCAGGAGCUGUGGAACAAAUACUAUUUUCAUGGCACUAUUUGUUAGUAAAACACCCUGUUGCGGUUCAGGUGCCUGGCCUCAUCACCUUGUUCCUUCUGUGUCUCCCCUUUGCUACUCAUUGGACUCUCCUACGCGAAGAUCUCUAUCAGUGUUGGUUAGUACUUAAUGCUCAGUACAUCCAGGAUGUCUGUGGCCACAAGCAGAAAGCAGAGGAGCCCGAGUUCUGUUGCCUGUUCUUUGCAUGAUGCAUGCAGAGGAAUCUAGGGCUGUGGCAGACAGCUAAGAAAGGGAUCUUACAUAUGUAUGGUGUGUGAGUGUGGAAGGGCUGGUUGCAUGCAGAGGGACUGUUUGAGCACUCGACUGGUGCAGAGACUCUCGGGUGCUUCUCUGAGCACAGAAAUCUCUAUCUGUUAGAGAGGGGGUUUGGAGAGACUGCCUUAUCUUGUGUGUUGCUGUACCUACUACUCCUGGAUCUCAGCUGCACUGAUCAGUGGUCUGAAAGGACAGGCAUGACUUACGAGACACAAUGCUGUGAGGCUGAAGUAACUUUGUACCCUAGGCAGCUGAAGGACUGUACAAGCGCUCUCCUUUGUUUUCUCCUGGCCACCAGCCUGGACUUGCAGCCUAUCUGUGAGUCCGUUGAGGAGCGCUGCUCUGAGCUCUGUGGAAGAGGCAGGGUGAGUUGGACUUCAGUGCUGCUGCACAGUCUCUCUGCACAUUUCAGCUGCCAGUUCCUCUGUGGCAGCAACAGUUAGGGCAUGUCUCAUGGUGGGGGUAUUGCAAUGAAGAGUCUGGGCAUCUGGCUGCUUGCUGUAGGGGCCAUGGGCAAGAAGGGAGCGCUGAAGGUCCUCUCACCCAGUUUAGCAGUACUCAUAAUCACCGGAAUCUGUCUUUUAUUGGGUUGGGCCUUGUUGCUUCAGCUUCUGUGAUGGUGGUUGUUGCGUUGAGUGUUCAGGCUCUCCUGAGACAGAGUGUGUGUGAGAGGCUCUGCUAUAACCAGAAAGGCUCUGAGUGAGCCCAAGGAGGAGGCUUUUAUUUCACUUAAGUUUACAGGGAAAGGAGGAGAUGAAGCUGGGAAGACAUUACGGAAUGAGUUGGCUAUCCAGGCUUUUCUGCUAGCAGAGAUAUGACAGGCUUCUCGGAGGAAUAUAUUGUUUUCCUGCUGUUGCUGUGAAGGGAGAGAGAUGCUGUGGACUGUCCUACCUGGAGGAGGGGGCCUCCUGGCUUUGGUCUUCUCUCUGUCUCACAGGGAGGCUGCGGGAAGAGUCUGUAGGAUGCAAUAAUGGGUGUCUGCAGCCAUCUGUUCCAGCUCAUGAAACAUUCCUUGGGUCAGCUGCCCAGCAGAGGCCAGGCCUGUUUCCAGGCUACGUGUACAUUGUUCCUCUAGGAACAUGAGACUUGCUCUGAGUGACAAGCGCUCAUCACUACCAGACUAUGCAGAGGAAGCUCUGUCUGGAAAGGGGAAAGCUGCAGAGGCCCCUCUGCCUCCUCUUCCCAGCAGCGCGCAAGUAUAAUGCACUUUUCACAUUCAGUGUCCCUGUCCCCUCCUCCCGACUUGAAGUCACUUUUCCCAAUAGAGAACUAAUAAUCCUUGUUACUCAGUGUUUUGAAUGAAACUACAGCAGCUUGAUUAGCCCAGAUGCUAGUUCCUGCCCACAGCAGUACAUGUGCCUUUCCCUAGCAUCGCUCACAACUGCUCUUUGUCUUUCAGUCUGUCCUAGGGCCUGAAACUUUGCGGAAGCUGCUAAGAUGGCUACGAAUGCACAUUCAGUACAGAGUUUGGCCCAGGGUGUGUUCCAUG